AUGUUGUCCAAGAUUGUUCCUCUCACCAUUAUCAAGGGCGCAGGCCAUGAGCACAUCCCCAUUCCAGAGGGAGAGUGUGCUGUCAUCGCCGAUUUCCACACCAUUCAGUCAAAGGCUAAGGCUUCUCCUGCCUACCUCACAACAGGGUUCUACCGAGUGGUUCCUGGGCCCACACGAUAUGGAGACUACGACUACGAGGAGACCAAAUACGUUCUCCGUGGCCAAAUCGACGUGACUGACGAGGCCACUGGUAUUACUCACCAUCUCGUUGCAGGAGAUUGGGCCUUCUUCCACGUUGGAUCCAAAGCCCAGUUCUCAACCAAGUCCGAGGGCGUUGCGUUCUACGCUGUCACUCGCGCAGCCAAUAACACCCCACAUGUCAACCUCAAGGGCCGUGAGGAGAGCACAUCAAAGUUGCUCACUCUGGCUAGGCUUGUGGGAAAGCAGUAUCUUUUCUCCGACCUCAAGUAUUGGGGUAGAGCCGCACUCGCCAUCAUGGGGCGCUUCAGUUUCUUCGAAGGCCACUCGACGGCGUGCGAUACUAUUAUUCGAAUGCUGAAUGAAAAUGACAAAGACAAGAAGGACGAAAUGACCAAGAACUGGCGCAACCACAAGCUCCAGGAACUGAGCUUUGUCGGAACACUUGGUGCUCUUCUUGCAAGCUGCCUCAGCUCCACCAGCUCAUGGCCAGAUGUCCUUCCCAAUGGCCGCAAUAAACCAUGGACGGUGCGAACCUUGUGGUUCAGUGGGCUCGUCUUUGCCCUCUUCUCAGUCGUUGUCGCAGGCAUCCAAAGCAUGCGGCUUCACCGCCUCUCAGCCCACCCUGACGGCCUCAAGAUGAUCCGAAGCAGCCUGGGACGGAAGCGACUGCCUGAUAGCAAGUCUCUCCCUAGCUUGCUGCAAGUCUACGCCUGGGAAUUCAGCCUUGCGUUUCUAGUUCUUUCUGUCUCGUGCAUGGUUGUCGGGCUGACAAUUCUGAUUUGGGCUGGUGCUGAUUUUGGACCAUCGAAGCCUAAAGAAAAUGGUUGGUGGGAUGCAAACUCCAAGAUGGCGGUGACAUUCACAAUUAUCCUGGGCCUUGCGACUGUGGUCUUGGUUCUAUCACAGGCCGCUCUAUCCAAGCGUCGCAGGAUCAUACUAUAG